CGUACUAAGCAACCAUUCAGGGACACUUUCGGUAUUUACAGACGAGUCCGUCAACUGAAUGCAAUCAUCAAGGAGUUCACAGCGACCUACACACGGGUUGCCACCCAGAGAGUCAUGGCGCCCUUAUCUUUCCCCCUGUCGUCCCUUCUGAAGCUCAAGGACUGUGCGCAGAAGGCGAAUAUCUUCUGUAAUGUGCUGCAGGGUUUACACCACCGGCCGCUCAGAUCUCGCUUAUGGAAACGGAAUUUCGGUGCUGUAGCACAUGGAGUCGGUCAACUACUGUCACACCAGCCCAGAGGCAAAAGCUACGCAGCAUCUGUUUGCAGCAGCUCUUCAGACGGCCAGGACAUGACAGAUAGGCUGUGGUCUGUUUACAAUGAGACCAAAAAGCAGACUGAAGAUUUGUUGCCAGUCAUAUCCACUAACUCAGUCAACCCCAACACCAUUUUUGCCAACAAUGAGAUGAGCCUGCGAGACAUUGAGAUCUAUGGCUUCGACUACGACUACACCUUGGCCUUCUACUCCAGACACCUCCACACCCUCAUCUUCGACAUAGCGCGGGACAUCCUUAUCACUAACCUCAGGUAUCCAGAGGGUCUGCGAAACUAUGAGUAUAUUCCUGAUUUUGCUGUAAGAGGACUUCACUAUGACGUUCAGAAGGCACUGCUGAUGAAGAUUGAUGCUUUUCACUACAUCCAGUUGGGAACUGUCUACAGGGGUCUUCAUCCAGUUCCUGAUGAGGAAGUAAUCGCCAUGUAUGAAGGUAGUCACGUACCUCUAGAGAUCAUGAGCGACUUCUAUGGCAAGAGUUCCCAUGGCCACACCAUGAAACAGUUCAUGGACAUAUUCUCCCUUCCUGAGAUGACCCUUCUGUCCUGUGUCAAUGACUUCUUCAUGAGGCACAACAUCGACUAUGAGCCAGUCCAUCUCUACAAAGACGUAAAGGAAGCCAUUAGAGAUGUUCACGUCAAGGGAAUUAUGUACCGAGCGGUGGAGGCAGAUAUUGAGAAAUUCAUCUGCUAUGGUGAGCAAAGUCACGCUGUGCUGAAGAAGCUGUCAGAGCAUGGAAAAAAGAUGUUCCUCAUUACCAAUAGCCCAUUUGACUUUGUGGACAGAGGAAUGCACUACAUUGUAGGGAAGGACUGGAUGGACCUCUUCGAUGUUGUGAUUGUUCAGGCCGACAAACCUGGUUUCUUCAAUGACAGGAGAAAACCUUUCAGGCGAGUGACAGACAAAGGUGCUUUGCUGUGGGACAGGAUUCACAAGUUGGAAAAAGGGAAGAUCUACAAACAGGGAAACCUUUAUGAGUUCCUGAGACUCACCGGCUGGAGAGGAUCCAAAGUGCUUUACUUUGGUGAUCAUAUCUACAGUGACUUGGCAGAUCUGACACUGAAACAUGGCUGGAGGACGGGCGCCAUCAUCCCUGAGCUCAGGAAGGAGAUCAAGAUCAUGAACACGGAGGAGUACAUGCACAUGAUGGCCUGGUUACAGGCACUGACUGGACUUAUCGAACAGAUGCAGGUCCACAGGGAUCCAGCAUCUCAAGCUGUCGUCAAUGAGUGGAUCAGAGAAAGAGAAGCCAUGAGGUCGCAGACAAAGGACAUCUUCAACGGUCAGUUCGGGAGUCUCUUCCGGACGUACCACAACCCCACCUACUUCUCACGCCGACUCUCGCGCUUUGCUGACAUCUACAUGGCCUCCAUCAGCUGCCUGCUCAACUACGACUUCCAGCACACCUUUUUCCCCCGCCGUACUCCCCUGCAGCACGAGUCCCCCUUCUGGCCCGAACACAGUCCUGCUGGUAUUAGCGUCUCCUCGCAGCUCCACAGGACCAAUUCGGAUUAGAGAGAGAAGAAGGCCUUCCAAAAUAAAGAGGAGGACUGAAGGUUCUCCAUUGCUUACUUUAGUUUAAGUUUUGUGACAUGGCAUUUUAGAUGAUGCAUGCCACAUUUUAUGUGUAUAAUUGGUAAUAAUCAUGUAAACUGUUGAUGUUAAUUAAGCUUCAAACUAGUUAGUUACAUACUUCCUCUCAAAUUAUUCAGUCUUUAAGAAGAACAGUGGGUUUAUUGCUUUUUCAGCCAAAUGACAGAAGGAACAUUUUGACAUUUUUAAUGUUUAAAACAUGGAUACUUAUAUAUUUUACAUUUUUAUUACACAGAAUUUGGAGCUUUGGAUGCACUGAUUGUUUUAGGUUUGCAUGUGUGUGUGUCUUGGUGUGUGUGGGAGAGAGAAGGGUCGUGAGAGAUUAUACAAAGAUGAUGCAGUUACACAAUCUAAACAAUAGGGAGCAGUCACGCAUCAAGUGUAUCUUGGAGCUCUGUAACACAACUAUACAAGAGACUCAGUGAAAUGCAAAUACUCAGAUGUGACAUUUAAAUGACAGACUUUGUUGCCUUAAUCUCAUGUGCACAUUACUGCAAUGUAUAUAUUUUUGUAAUAGUCUGAUAUAAUUUAUUGUAAUCAAGCUUUUCAAAUUUUGCCACCCAGCAUCUUAGUUCAUUUCACUUUGAACGGCACAUUGUGAUGCACAUUGCACAUUUAUGUUCUGAGAUAUUUGUAUUUACAAUACAGUACAACACAGCCUGUAAGUUUCAUUUAAGCAGUUAGAAAUGUUAAUAUCUGUCAGGAGAAUAUAGAGCAUCAUUGCUAUAUUUAGCAUGAGUGUUGCUGUUUGAUCUGUGAAGACAGCAGUGGGUUUUGUGGGUUUGACACUUUUACAAAAAACGUGUGAAAUGUUUUCACACAUGCUGGAAUGAGGGCUUGAGAAUAUAUUUGUAAGCUGGAAUAUUAGUUUUUAAUUAUUUGAAGAAAAGGGAAUUCUUAAAUACCAGUGGUCACAACCGAGACCUCAUGGGUUAUCAGUGUUUCUGUAGUUUCAAAUAUGUACUGAAGUGUAUUUUUAUUUCACUAUUUAUUAAAAUGGAACUGGCUUAA